AGAAACAGUGUGAAGCUCGUGCAGGAGAAGCACGAUACACUCAUAGCAUCUGUGCGUGAAGAUCAGCUCACAACACGCGUGUUAUAUAAGUGGGUCAAUAUUCAUAUUAAUCUAUCUGGAGUUUAUAUGAUAAAGGAUGAUGAAGAUGAGGAAGAUGAUGGCUGCAGUGUGUUUGUGUGUGACACUUUGUGUCUUCGCGCCUGCUUUGGGAGGUGAACACUCACUGUUUUACACCUACACGGCUCUGUCUAAACCUCUCAAGCUGCCUGGAAUCUAUGAGUUCACCGCACUGGGCAUGCUCGAUGACCGAGAACUCGACUACUACAGCAGUGAGACUCAGGUUAAGGUUCCUAAACAGGACUGGAUGAAGGAGAAGAUGGAAAAGGAUUACUGGGAUAAAGGAACUCAGUCCCGUAAGAGCAAAGAGCAGUGGUUUAAGGUCAACGUGGACAUCCUGAUGGAGCGAAUGAGACACAAUAAGUCUGACCUUCAUGUUCUUCAGUGGAGACAUGGCUGUGUGGUUAAAACUGAAAACGGAACUAGUAAAUAUGUGAGAGGAAUUGAUGAGUACAGCUACGAUGGUGCUGAGUUCCUCUCCUUUGAUGAUGAAAACUCGAGGUGGAUCGCUCCAGUUCAGGCUGCUGAGCCGACCAAAAGGAAAUGGGAUGAAGUGUCCAUCCUUAACACAUACACCAAGAGCUACCUGGAGAAAGAGUGUGUGGACUGGCUCACCAAGUUCAUGGACUAUGGACAACAAGAACUGAGGAAAUUUUCUCCCCCAGAGGUGCAUCUACUUACAAAGAGAUCAGUGACUGACAGCAAAAAGCUGACCUUGACCUGCCUGGCCACGGGUUUCUACCCUCCAGAUGUGGAGAUGCGGGUGAGAAAGUCCACAACUUCCCUGCCUGAACAUCUGGUAGCAUCUUCAGGAGUCAGACCCAAUGGUGAUGGCACAUACCAGCUGAGGAAGAGUGUGGAGAUCCUGGAGGAUGAAAAACCACUGUACACUUGUUAUGUGAACCACAUCACUCUGAAGAAUCCUAUAAUUGUAGGUGAAGGACAAGAUUGCUUUGACUGCUCCGUAGCUUCGAGUGUUAGCAUUGGAGCAGUGAUUGGAGUUCUGUUGGUGCUGGUUGGGGUUGCUUGUGUCAUCUAUAUUCUUUAUUCCAUGAAAUAUAUUGCUUUCUUGAACAUAACAACAAAUGAACUACAAGCUGUGAAUGGAAAUGUGGUAUAUAUUCCAGCUCCUGCCGGUAUGUGGACAUUGUGUAAUGAUUCUGUUUGGAUAAAAACAAGCAGCUGCUGAUCUGGAAGCGAUGGGACAUGCGAAUGGACAUGCGAAUGGACAUGCAAAUGGACAUGCAAAAGGAUGUGCGAAUGGACACAAGAUUGGCAUCAACUAAAGUUGUAAUGCAUUAAUAUUUUAAAGCUGAAUAUGUUCAUGGUGAAGUCUUCAGGACAGAAGAGUUUACUCUUUGUAGUUUAUUAGUAACAUGACAGGAGGGGGUUUUAUUUAGCGGGUUUGUCAUUUGAAGUUAAAGGUGUGGUCACCGAUGUUUGUUGACAUUUGAAAUCACCAAAACAAACACGCCGAUAUCCCACCCCUGUAUUGAUAGCUCCGCCCACACAUACAUACGUUACCCAGGCGACUAACAGAAAGAAACGUUACAUCAUAGCUGAAGGGAAGAACAAUACGAUUGCAGAUAAACAAACAAAAAAAGCGCCUUGGCGUCUUAAGUAAAGUCGGCCACAUAUUCACAGGUCGGAGUUUCCCGAGUCAAUAACUCCUGAGCUAAGCGCUGUUACUACACAAAACGCGGUUGUAGCUGCCUCUCUACAUUACUACGAUUGAAAAGAGGUGUUAUUUGUGUAGUAACAGCGUUUAGCCCGGGAAACUCCAAUCUGUGAAUAUGUGGCCAACUUCCUGCUCCUUCAGUUCUCUCCAGCGCUGGAAAGCUGAUCCUAUAUUAACACGUCCUACUUCUUGCCUUAUCGUAAGUCUUUCACUUUCUUUAUUAGUUUUUAUCCUCCAUGUCGAUGUUAAAACUGCUUUCUGCUAAUGUCACACAUGCGCACUGAACACUCUAUCCGCCCUAUUGACAAGACACGCCCCUUUCUGCUCAUUGGCUACAUGUUUGUUUUGUUUUUCUUCAGUUAGUUGUCCUGACUCAGUUUCUGAAGCAUUUCUCAAACAUCGGAGACCGCACCUUUAAUAUAUAUAAUAUAUAUAAUAUAUAAUAAAAAAAUCUCAGCUUGUCAUGUUCCUGAACAACCAUAAUGCACCAUAUCAGUAAUUGCAACAUAUUUUAAAUUCAUUUAUUAUUAUUAUUAUUAAUAAUAAUAAUAAUAAUAAUGAUAAUAAUAAUAAUAAUAAUAAUAAUAAUAAUAAUAAUAAUAAUAAUAAUAAUAAUAAUUUAUCAAUCCUUCAGCCCCAUUUCCUGUUUAUUAUGUGAUUUAAUGUAAUUACAUUUUAAUGAAAUUUAAAUGAAAUUCAUUUUCAGACUUAUCUUUAAAUCUGGUCAUGUUUGUGUCCGUAAUGUUUUUUUUUUGUUUACAGCAGCAUGAAGACAAGGAUCUUAGACCAAAUGACCACAAAAAAGUUUUAACCCUCAUGCUGUCUUUUACAUUUUAAAUUUAAUGUGGUAACAGAACUGGUACGAAUUUCAAUGUUCAUGCUUUUAAAAACAGUUGCCACAACCUGCAUGUUUAGUAGGAAGACGUCUAACCACAGAUGAUAAGCAGCUAAAGCAUUCUGCACACACGAGUCUGUAUUAUUAUCAGUUUACGUCAAUUCACUGCUUGCUGUAUUCUUUAAUAAAUAAACAACUUGUUCUCAGCUAUA